UCUUCUCUUCUCUUCUACAGUACGACUGUGAGUGUGAGGCCAAGGGGAUGGAGGGGAAGAAUAGAGUGGCCGCCAUUGCCGCCCUGUGCAUGCUCCUUCUCCUCACGCUGCCAAAGCCAUCCCAUCAGCAGCCCUCCGGAGUCAACUGCAAGUGCUACCGGCGGUGCUACCCUGCGUGCAAGGAAAGGAUCCAGCCGUUGCCCUGCAAGGUCAAGUGUGCUGGUCGCUGCCCCGACGCCAUUGAUCGCCUUGCCUCCUGCUUGAUCGCCUGUGGCAUGGACUCCAUCUGUGACCAGCCAGCGCUGUCAGUCGAUGUUGAGGUUUGCAGGAAUGUCUGCCACGAUAUGUGGGUGGCGAGUGGCGCCAACUAACCUUGAAGGGCUGCGAGCAGGUAGGUCAUGGGAUCAUAAACAUAUGAUGUCGAACAGCUGUGGUUGCUGCAUCAGUUAAUAAAAUGUGUUUCGCUUUGGUGCAUCACUUGUGUGAAAAAUUGCCAAUCUUAAGAUUAUCGAUGCAUGUGGAAACCCUGCUUAUUUUGAUUCAUCUAUUA